GAAACCCACAUGGGGAACUUUAAUCUAAACUGAGGCAAUGACCCUAGGAUCCUCCACAGUGCAGCAGCGUGCGGAUGCACUUUGAAGGCUGGUUGCUGAGGAGGAUGCUCAGAGACACACUCAUCACCUCGGUGGAUACUCCUGACUUUCGGAUUUGACUAAAGCAAGAAAAGCCAUGGGAAAGCCAAUGUUUGUAGUUCCGCUGUUUGUGUUUGCCGUGAUGCUGAUAGGCACCGGGGCCAAAAAUUGUGUGUGCAGCAGAAAAUCCAGGUGCCACUGUAAAGGCGUGAAAGGCAACAGGGGAGACAAAGGCUUUCCAGGACUUGCAGGUCCCGCUGGACUAGAGGGUCGUUCAGGACCUGAUGGUCAUGCUGGGCCUAUGGGAACAAAGGGCAACACUGGGUCUGAGGGACUCUUGGGACCAAAAGGCGAUCCGGGACCUGAAGGCAAUGAAGGAUUUGCUGGUUCUCAUGGUUUACCUGGUGUUCCAGGUUUACAAGGGCCUCCGGGCCCCCCCGGCGCAUCAGGAUGCAAUGGAACUGAUGGAGACGAUGGACUACCUGGUGUUCCUGGGGCCCAUGGCAUUGAUGGACGUCCAGGUCCACCAGGUCUGCCUGGGCCUAAGGGUGAAUCUUGGGUGUCAGGAAAUUCGGUACCAGGGCCACCUGGGCUCACUGGCAGGGACGGAGAACCGGGAGUUCCAGGUUUCCGUGGAGAGACAGGACCAUCUGGUGACCCUGGACCAAGGGGAUCGGAUGGAUUUCCUGGUCAUCCAGGGGCUCAGGGAUCUAAGGGUCAAGGAGGCAUAGGCGGUAUUCCAGGACCUCUUGGACCAAAGGGGAGACCAGGACCACGAGGACCACCGGGGCAACCAGGUCGGAUUAAGGAGUUUUCAACUGACAUACAGCAACAGUUCAAGGGCCUAAAAGGAGAUAAAGGACAUAUAGGAGAAAAAGGCUGCAAGGGUGAACCAGGAGACAUUGGUCAUGGCUUUUACACCAAAGGCUCAAAGGGAGAUAAAGGACAGCAGGGCCCAGAAGGAAAGCCAGGGAAGGGUGGUGAUCCUGGGAAAUAUGGAUAUACGGGAAUACCUGGAGACAAGGGUGAUCCAGGUUAUCCAGGGACACCAGGAGGGAUGGGUGAAAAGGGAAAUAAAGGUCCACCUGGUUCACCUGGACAUAUAUUUGGGCCUAUGUCUGAGCCACUCAAAGGAUACCAAGGAGAUCCUGGCCCCCCUGGUACACCUGGGCUUCCUGGUCAUCAGGGUGCUGUGGGCUUUCCUGGACCAGAUGGACAACCAGGCUAUGCAUCUGGGAUUUAUGAUCCUGGCCCACGUGGUCCCCAUGGCUUUCAAGGUCCCAAAGGGGACCCUGGGGAGCCUGGGGAUAUUUAUACCGGACUCCCGGGUCUAGAAGGGGAUCCUGGUGAUCUAGGUCCACCAGGGGAUCAGGGCCCACCUGGACCUCCAGAAGAUAGAACUAACAGGAUUACCAAAGGUCCCCCAGGAAUUAAGGGAAUGACGGGUAACCCUGGAUUUAUGGGAAACGAUGGAACUUUUGGAAUGAAAGGACUAAAGGGGGAGCCCUGUAAUGAGUGUUCUGGAUCAGGACCCCCAGGAUUACCAGGCCCCCCUGGGCCACCUGGCCUUCCUGGCUACAAUCAAGGUCCAGGUGACAAAGGUGAUCCAGGCUUCCCAGGACCUAGAGGUUUACCAGGAAGACCAGGUCCCAUUGGUGAUACAGGAUUCCCAGGCCCUCCAGGUCCAAAGGGAGACUUGCAUUCUUACAAUACCUCAGGGAUAAAGGGAGAUAGAGGAAACCCAGGACAGCUUGGCAGCCCUGGUUCAAAUGGUCUCCCUGGUUCUCCAGGGUUCCCAGGUCGCAAGGGCAAUCAAGGCCCUCCAGGGGAUUUGUAUCCAUUCGCUGGUGUAGCCGGAGAUCAGGGUUUUCCAGGUCCGCCUGGGUCUUUAGGCAGUCCAGGACCAGUUGGCUUCCAAGGGCCAGUGGGAUAUGGGCCUGCUGGCCUUCCAGGAAGUAUGGGAGAUAUUGGGGUACCUGGCUUGCCAGGACAGCCUGGAACUCCUGGCCAGAAAGGGGAACCUAGCCACAUUCACACAAAAGGACUUCCUGGACCACCUGGAUUUAAAGGACUCCCUGGUUCACCUGGAAGCCCAGGUUUUCAAGGAGUGCCAGGUACCCCAGGAAUACCAGGUUUACCCGGACCGAAAGGAGAAAGUCUGUCAUUUCCUGGAAAGCCAGGGAUCACAGGACAAAAAGGUGACAAAGGGCAUCCAGGUACCCCAGGUCUUCCAGGUAGGGGUAGGGGCUUGCCUGGUCAGCCAGGUUUACGAGGCCCCCCUGGUGCUCCAGGACAGAAGGGGGAUAGUGGCCCUGGAAAACCUGGUCCCCCAGGCCUCCCAGGGGUUCCGGGAAAUGCUGGAGCUCAGGGGCCUGUAGGAGAUCCUGGGACUCCUGGUCUACCUGGGAACCUGGGCCAAUUUGGCAACCCUGGUUUUCCAGGAGAAAAAGGAAGUAAAGGUUCUGUAGGGCCCCCAGGACAACCUGGUAGCAAGGAAUCAUGUACAGGUUUACCUGGACCAGUGGGACUACCAGGACCAGAUGGUCUCCCAGGUCCUAAAGGCUGGCCUGGUGAAAAGGGUGAGCCAGGUUUACCAGGGUUAGGUCAUCCUGGCCCCCCUGGUGAGCCUGGUCCCUCUGGGUCUUCAGUGUCGGGUUCACGUGGACUUCCUGGACAAAAAGGAAUUAAGGGACAUAACGGCCUGCAUGGUCAACCAGGACUGAGAGGAGACCGUGGACCAGAUGGAUUACCAGGAUAUGGACUGGAAGGAUUGCCUGGAAUUAUAGGACCACCUGGCCAAAUAGGGUCCCCUGGCACUGAUGGAGCCAAAGGUUCCCGGGGUCUACCAGGCAUGAAUGGAGAGCCGGGUUUCAGAGGUCUUCCAGGCAGGGCACCACCAACACCAAUAGAAAUUAUUGGUGUCCCAGGAGAUCCUGGCAAUAUUGGUUACCCUGGUCAACCUGGUCCCACUGGAGACACUGGAAGUACUGGACCAAAAGGGCAAAGAGGAAGAGGAGAAGUAACAGGGGGUCCUGGACCGAGAGGUCCUCCAGGUGAUCCAGGUAUUGAUGGACCAGCAUUCUCAAGAGGAAGUCAAGGACCUCCCGGAGACCCAGGAGACCGAGGGGUAGGGGGACCUCCAGGUCUGAAAGGAAUAAAGGGAGAUCAAGGAAUCGCUGGAGGGCCAGGUCCAGAUGGUGCACCAGGUCAAACUGGCAACAAAGGGGUUAAUGGAGAACCAAGCUAUGGAUAUGGACUGCCUGGACCAAUAGGACAAAAGGGUGAACCAGGAUUAAGCAAUACAGAAGUGAGAAAAGGUCAGAAAGGAGAACCUGGUAGCCAUGGACGAGGAGGUGUACCAGGAAUCUCUGGAGCCAAAGGAAACCCAGGACCUGAUGGAGAUAAUGGUUCACCAGGCUAUCAAGGACCUAAAGGUUCAGAUGGACCUCCAGGAAGAAAAGGACUCUCAGGACCUAGUGGACCACCAGGAGAACAAGGUCCGCAGGGUCUCGGUGGUUAUCCAGGUCCUAAAGGCAACCAGGGCCGGGAUGGGAUCCCAGGACCACCAGGACAGAAAGGGGACAUCAUAAUUGAAAGGAUACCUGGAAAACGUGGUGACACAGGUCAACCAGGCCAAUCUGGGAACCCUGGUCCUCCUGGCUUGUCUGUAAGAGCAGGUACUGGACCCAAAGGAGACAGAGGGCUUCCAGGUCCACGUGGGGUUUGUGGUCCUAGGGGGUCACUGGGAAGAGAAGGGGCAUGUGUUCCUGGAUUGAAAGGAGACCGCGGCCAUCCUGGAAAUCCUGGAAGACCAGGCUGGCCUGGUUUACCUGGCCCUCCAGGUCCCACUGUACCUGGGUCAAAAGGAGACCGAGGGGACAUUGGUCUUAUGGGAAGCCGAUGUGCUUGUAGUCCACCAGGAGAUCCAGGACCUCAAGGGCCACCUGGUGCAAGAGGCAGACCUGGAGGCCCAGGGCCAAAAGGUGAUUCUGGUCCUCCUGCAAUCCAAGGCCCUCCAGGUGGCAGAGGAGACCCUGGAAACAUCCCAGGCCCGCCUGGCCAACCUGGACCCAGAGGUUUUCCUGGAAGACCUGGCCCUAAAGGCAAACCAGCAUUUGGCACCGACAUAUAUGAACCAGGACCUCCCGGAUUACCUGGUCACCCUGGUAAUCGUGGAGCCCCAGGGCGCACUGGACCAUCAGGACCAACAGGCCAUCAAGGUCAGUCAGGCAUCAAAGGAGGGUGUGGAUACAGCCCACUCGGACUGCCCGGUUUCCCUGGCCGCAAAGGAGACAAAGGAAUAGCAGGACUGCCAGGUCCACAAGGUAGUUCUGGAUACCCAGGCAGAAAGGGUCCUCCAGGGUUGCCAGGUAGAGGUGUUUCAUUUUAUGCUGACAGUUUCCUGAUAGCUAGACACAGUCAGAGCAGCCAAGUCCCUGACUGCCCUCAUGGCUCCAGCCUCAUCUUCUCUGGUUACUCCCUCCUCUUCAUCAACGGAAAUAAAAGAGCUCAUGGCCAGGACCUUGGCACAAUGGGAAGCUGUCUCCCUCGUUUCUCCACCAUGCCCUUCCUGUUCUGCGACACCGAAAGUAACUGUCGCUACGCUUCUCGAAACGACUACUCGUACUGGUUGUCUACUGACACCCCUAUGCCCACCAACAUGGUUGCCAUCACAGAGGAUAAGCUGGCCUCCUACAUCAGCAGGUGCUCAGUGUGUGAAACCACAUCCAACGUCAUAGCCGUCCACAGCCAGACAACUCUGAUUCCUCAAUGUCCACAAUCCUGGGAGUCCCUAUGGACUGGAUACUCAUUUGUCAUGCAAACAGGUGCUGGUGCAGAAGGCUCGUCCCAGCCUCUGGUCUCUCCUGGUUCAUGUUUGGAAAGUUUCCGCCAAGUGCCCUUCAUUGAAUGUCACGGCAGGGGAACAUGUAACUACUACCCUGAUUCCUAUAGCUACUGGAUGGCCUCCCUCGACCCCGACAACAUGUUCAGUAAACCUGUUCCUCAGACAGUGAAGGGACCUGCACUACAACGUGUCAUCAGCCGUUGUCGGGUCUGUAGGAAACCAUUGCAGCCUGCAGGUGACGGACGAGGGGACAGUUUUUAACAGAGUAUUUCAUUAUUUUCGGAGGAGAGAGGGAACAGUCUUUUUUAGUGUGUAGUGUGCAUAUCUGCUGACUGAACUUGUGUGUCUUUGCUAUAAAAUAAAAGAAAGACAAUUCAGCCAAAUUGCCAAUCAUCUUUGAAGACGGUUAUAUAGGCUCUGAAAAUGGUGAAUAUUAAAAUUAAUGAAACAUGUAGUGAUGUGUUAUAUUUUAUGGAUGCUGUAGUGGGCCACCAGAGUGUAAUUAGUCUUGUGGCUCAAUAAUAACUUAUUAUAGUAGUAGUAAAGGUAACAGCUGAAGUAAUACUAGUAUCAACUGCAGCACUGAGGCUUCUUGGAUGAGAGGCGAAACAUCUUUAAGAGUGUGUUGAUUUGAAAACUUCAUUUGAUAUUAUAUAUAUCUCCGUGACAAAUUGAAACCCAGACUGUGAACAUGUAUACCUUAACUGAUAAAAUGUCAUGCAUCACCAUGUGGCACCAAUGUUUUUUUGGAUUAAAAACUAAAAACAAA